GUGCCGCCCGCCUCCAGGUGGAGGCGCGGGCUGGCGGCCGGGAGGAAGGCGGCGGCCGCUGACCCGGCCCGGAGAGCUGCUGCGGGCGGGCCCCGCCGGGGCCGGCAGAUUUCCCAUGAACGAUGAGAAAUACCAGAUGAAACAUCAGUGAAAGUAUCAUUAAUGUGCUGAAGGAAACCUGCUGUUCAUCUAGAGUUCUGAGUCAGCUGUUUUAAGAAAGAAGGUGAAAACAGCAUUCACAGAAUGUCCCUGGCUGCUUAUUGUGUCGUCUGUUGUAGAAGAAUGGGAACUUCAACUCCUCCUCCAAAGAGCAGCACGUCCUGGAAAGAUAUCAGAAACAUAAUCAAGUUUACUGGAUCACUCAUUUUAGGAAGUUCUUUAUUUCUUACAUAUGAACUUCUGGCCCUAAAGAAGUCUUUGACAUUGGAUACUCAAGUGGUAGAAAGAGAAAAAAUGAAGUCAUAUAUAUGUAUGCAUACAGUUCUAGAUAAAAGAGAAAAUUAUGGACUCCUUUACCAGGCGCGAAAAGAGCUUCACAAAACAGUAAGAAGAAUAUUAGCAACCUCAGCCAAGAUACUGCAGGGUCCAUUUGCUGACACCUUUAGCACAGUUGACAUAGAAGAUCAUGAAUGUGACGCGUGGCUGCUCCUGAAGAAGAGCAGGUCAGGUGACAGGACGGCCCGGUUGCAGGCUGUGCAGGCCAUGUCGGAGGCCCACCACUGGCAUGAUUACCAGUAUAGGACAAUUGCUCAAGCCUGUGAUCUGAGAACACGUAUUGGUUUAGCACGAAGCCAAGAGAGUGAUCUUCGCUUUUUUCUUCCUCCACCUCCUAUACCAGCUUUAAAUGACGAUACUUCCAUUGAAGAAGAGCUCAGACACUUGCUGGCUUCUUUACCUCAAACGGAGCUGGAUGAGUGCAUCCAGUAUUUUACAUCUUUGGCUCUGAGUGAAAGCAGUCAGAGUCUGGCAGCUCAGAAGGGUGGCUUGUGGUGUUUUGGAGGAAAUGGACUUCCUUAUGCCGAGAGCUUCGGAGAAGUUCCCUCAGUGACAGUGGAAAUGUUCUGUUUAGAAGCUUUAGUAAAGCAUUCUGAGAUACCCUCACACUGUGAUAAAAUUGAAGAAAAUGGAGGCUUGCAACUACUUCAGAAGCUGUACCAACUUCACAAGGACUGCCUGAAAGUACAGAGACAUAUCAUACGUAUCAUUGGGAAUAUGGCUUUGAACGAACAUCUUCAUUCAACUAUAGUUCACGCAGGCUGGGUUUCCUUACUGGCAGAAGCACUGAAGUCUCACCACAUUGUGGAGGCCUCGCAUGCCGCCAGAACCCUGGCUAACCUAGACCGAGAGACGGUGCAGGAGAAGUACCAGGACGGCGUGUACGUGCUUCACCCCCAGUGUCGCACGAGUCAGCCCAUUAAAGCAGAUGUCCUUUUUAUUCACGGCCUUAUGGGAGCAGCAUUCAAGACGUGGCGUCAGCAGGACCAGGCGCUCACUGAAAAGGUUUCAGGGGAUGAAACCAGGUAUACAACGUGUUGGCCCAAGACGUGGUUAGCAAGAGACUGUCCCGCUCUCCGGAUUAUAUCUGUGGAGUACGACACCAGCCUCAGUGACUGGAGAGCGAGGUGCCCGACAGAAAGAAAGACCAUUGCAUUCAGGAGCAACGAACUUCUUCAGAAACUCCGAGCUGCUGGUGUUGGGGACAGGCCGAUGGUGUGGGUGUCACACAGCAUGGGGGGCCUUCUUGUCAAGAAGAUGCUGCUGGAAGCAUCUCAGAACCCAGAGAUGAGCUCGGUCAUAGACAACACCCGCGGGAUCAUCUUCUACAGCGUGCCUCACCACGGCUCCCACCUGGCCGACUACUCCGUGAACGUCCGCUACCUGCUCUUCCCCUCGCUGGAAGUCAAGGAGCUCAGCAAGGAUUGUCCUGCGCUUAAGGCACUACAGGAUGACUUUCUGAAGUUUGCUAAAGACAGAAACUUCCAGGUGCUGAGUUUCGUGGAGACACUACCAACGUGCAUUGGGAGCAUGCUCAAGCUGCACGUGGUGCCUGUGGACUCAGCAGAUUUAGGCAUUGGAGAUCUAAUUCCUGUGGACGUGAACCAUCUGAACAUUUGUAAGCCAAAGAAAAAGGAUGCUUUUUUGUACCAACGUACCUUACAGUUCAUCCGGGAAGCUUUAGCCAAAGACCUUGAAAACUGACAAUUACCUUCCAUUUUUCAUGUGAAGCUCGGUGGUCUCUUUUGAAGCAAUCAUGCAAACAGUCACUGUGGCAUCGCGUGGUCUGGAGUCUGUUGCAGGCAGCAGAACACUGCAAAGCACAAGCACAGAGUGGCACUCGGAGAAGGAAGGGCUGGACGGAUGCUUUCGAUUUCAGGGAAUUCCGUGGGGGCCAGUGGAUGCUGUGCAGUGCUGUCCCUGUGAACACGCUGCUGUGGAUGGAGAGUACCUUGUGUCACCUGUGACCGCCUAUGGCUGACGCGAGCGGAGCACUGAUGGCUUCUGAAGGGACAGCGCGCCGCCAGCUUACCAUGACAAGGCUAGUGGGAGAGCACCUGGAGCGGGCAGAGAAUGAUCUAGAACAUAAAAGACUCUUUUUGUUCUGGGAUUCCAUGUGCUGUAAAUUUUUACUAACAUGUAAGUGUAAACCUUUGUCUAACAUGUUAACUGUUAGACCUGUUGCCACCCAUGGGCCAGUUCCUUGUACAUUUUUAUUUUCAUAUGGCUGAGAACAGAUAUUUCUCUAAAAAAAUCUAGCUUAUAGUAAUGCUUUCCAGACUUUAGCUACCUAUACUUGUAUUUUUCCCAGAUAAAGUAGCUAAUCCACUAUUAAUCACAGUGUGAAUAAAACUAUUCUAAGCCAUUGUAUAGAUUAGUAACACUUAGUAUUAAGGUUCUCAAUUCUCUUUAGGCCAAGUAAAACAUCCCUUUCUUUCCUGCUCCUUUGACUUCCAGCAAGUGAGAAAUAGGAAAUCAUGUUGACUUUUUCUAAAUAAUGACAUUAUUGAGAUAUAAUUCACAUUUCAUAAAAUUUACCUUAACUCAAGGUUGUUUAUUUUUAGUAAGUUUACAGGGUCGUGCAAUCACCACCACUGAUCUCAGAACACUUUUAUCAUCUCCUGGAAGAACCCCAUAGCCUGGAGCAAUCACACCUCACCUUUUCUCCCCCAGCCCUGGCAAACACUAAUCUACUUCAUCUCUACAGAUUUGCGUGUUUUGGACUUGAAUAUAAAUGGAAUUAUACACUAUGUGCCCUUCUGUGUCUGGCUUCUUUCUCUUAGUGUAAUGUUUUCAGGGUUCACCCUUGAGGAAGCAUGUAUCGGGGCUUCAUUCCUUUUUAUGGCCAAGUAAUACUCCAUGGUAUGGAUAUACCACACUUGUUCAUCUGGUGAUGGACAUUUAGAUUCUUUGAAUUUGGGGGUAUUAUGCUGCUUGAACAUUUAGAUUCUUUGGAAUUUGGGGGUAUUAUGCUGUUUUUCAUUCUCUUGGAUAUAUACUAGAGUGUCUUAUUAAGCUCACUAGAGGCCUGGUACAUGAAUUUGUGCAUGGGUGGGGUCUGGCCAGCCGGCCUGCCCCCGAUCAGGGCUGAUUAGAUGGGGCCCACUGAGGGGAGGUGCCACGGGCAGUUGGCUAACCCCUGGUUGUACUCCCCAUCGAGGGGACAAUUUGCAUAUUAGCCUUUUAUUAUAUAGGAUAUAACCAUUUUGAAGAUGAUGGACAUUGUAGAAUGGGAUAAUCAAAGCUAAAACGAGAACAUGUCAUCAGUAAAACCCUGUCAACAUCUAAUUGUUUAAUUUGCAACAACCUAACAAGUGACUUAACCACUUGUAUUAUUGUGUAGAUACAGUGAAUGCAUGGUUACGAGCUAACAAUAUUAAAUAAUAAAUGCUAGCUAAUGGGAUGUUAUGGGGAGAAGGGGUAGAUACACUUGGUUCAUUUUCUUUUCCUGGUUUCCAUGAAAACAAUUGUUCAUUAACGUAGAGUAAUGCAAUGAAGCCCCACUCCUUAAAUCUCUAUAGAGCUGCUUUAGCGGUGCUUUUAAAAUGAGGUCUGGGAGAGGGAUCCACUGAAGUACUAAAUUACACAGUUUUUCAGGCAAGGCAUUUUUUUUUAUUCUGCCUAUGAAAUGGAUAUAAAUGUACAUGGGUUGACUUUAUCCAUUUUGUGAUAGUUAAGUCAAUGUUUUUAAAAUAAUCAUUGCAUGAAAAAUGCUUAAAAAACACUAAGUAUGAAAACAUGUAUUUGAAGUAGUUUCAAACUUAGACCAUCAAUAAAACACUCUGGGAAUUUGAUCAGCUUUGUUUAAAUAUCCUUUCUGG